GUUGCACCGUCUUCCCCGUGAUCCGCCCAAAUGGCAUCCAUGGCACCUCGAGCUGGCGUCCGAUUCUUGCGCCUGGUUGCGGUGCUGCUGGGAGGUGGCUGUUUUGUGGCCCCACAGCUGAAAGCCUUCCGCAGCCGCGGAGAGAACGACACGCUCAUCCCAAGACCUGCGGGCACGGUGGAAGUUCCCGGUGGACUGAAGAAUGGCGUGAAGAUGGUGAUGGAUGAACAGCCCUUCAUGCUGAUGUCCCACCAAUCCAAGAAACAGGGGAAAGGUGUGGCCAUUACCAAAGCCAAGCUCAAGAACCUCCUCACCGGGGCGAUCAUCGAAAAGACGUUGAGCAGCGGGGCAAGGUUCCCUGAAGUGGAGACCGUCUGGGAAGUUGGCACCUUCAGCUACAGAGACGACGACGAUGGUUCCUACCACGUGAUGGACAUGGAAACCUUUGAGGACAAGUCGGUCUCUGGCGAUGUCAUGGGUGAGAUGGCGGACUGGCUCAGUGAGGGAGAUUCCGUGGAGUGGGAGCUUUGGGAGGGACGCAUUGUCAACAUGCAGUUCCCUGACGACAUCAUCAUGGAAGUGACUGAGAUCAAGCAGUCCAAAGACAGCGGUAGGGAUCAGAUCGUGACCUUGGAGAAUGGCAUUUCCAAGCAAGCACCGUCCUACAUCUCGGUGGGCGACAAGGUCCGAAUCGACAAGAAGAACUUUCAGAUCAGUAAGCGAGUGUAAAGUACUGAGAUCUCUGAGGUCGAAAGUGACGUAGCAAUGGUUGGUCCAUGACCAUGUUGAGGGUGCAAAGAUUCGGGACAGGAAACUCAUGGAUGAUAGGUGGCAAUUGUUACAAGAAUACGAUAAUAUGCGUUUCUGAGCUGGUGGAAAAGGAGUUAUAUAGUGUGGU